UGUUGUACUUCUGACGAUCGUCACAACCAGAUGUGAAUAAUUGACAUUAUGGCGUCUAGCAGUCAUAGCAUGCGAUAUAAAUUAAAAAAUGGUGUAGUUGCUUUUGUUGAAUAUGGCGAUAUUUUCUCAGUCCCAGCUAAUGUCUUAGUUUAUAGUUCUGGACAAUCAAAAAAGAAAAAAAGUGGCAUUGCCCAACAGAUGUUAAGAAACGGAGGUGAGGGUUACAGGAAAGCACUAGACAUUCUAUACAAAACACACACCAUCCUUGAAGAAGGAAAAGUAUAUGAAUUGCCUCGUGGUGAUUUAUACAACUUUGAUAGUAUCUACUUAGCAGUAACAACCGCGUACACUGAAUAUUGGUUUUGUAAGUCAUGGUCUAAAAGACUUCAGGAGUUGUAUUCUAAUAUACUGAGCAAAGCAGAUGGGAAUCGAAAAAAAUCAAUCACCUUACCAGUUUUGGGAUCAGGUUUUGCAGCAGCACCAAUUGAUAAAUGUAUUGAAGUUGCCAUUAAAAGUAUAGAAAAACUUAAACCUGAACAUUUGGUUCACAUUAACAUAGUUUCUAAUGAUUACGAUACAUUCCAAAAGAUCUCGAAAGAAUUGAAGUCAAAGGUACCAAAUGACACUAAGACAAAAACAUCAUCUGCAUUUUCAAAUUAUAGUUUAAAAAAAUCAACAGCCUAUGAUUAUUUAUCCGCUGCUACCGAUGUAUCGUUUUCAGGGAAACAGAACAGUUCUGCUGACGUCGCUGUUUCACUAAAUAGUGAUGGUGGUAGAUUAAGAAAUAUUGAAAAAUAUAGUAGAAAAACAGGUCAUAAGACUCACAUUGGUGGGGGAAAUUUCAAAGGUUUUGACGAUGAAGCAGGUUUGAAUAAUUUCCAUGGUAACGACUAUUAUAUUUCAAAUUCUAGAUCUGACAAUAAAACAUGGAAUGGAAAUUACACAUCCAAGUGCUUGAGAGACGCUCCUGAUUCUAAAAUAGUACAUGCCAUGGAAAACGAACUAAUGUCAAAUUUUGUUGAUCACCAUGGAAACCAAAGAAACAUGUCAGACAAUAAUAGUUAUUAUCCACAUCAUCACAGUCCUGAUUACCAUAAUUCUAAUGGCGGUGAUAAUAAAUAUGAUAGCAGUAAAAAUAGAUCUAAACAUGGGGAACACCGUUUUGGACAGGGACAGUUAGAUAAUGGCGCUGAUUAUAAAUAUGAUAGCAGUAAAAAUAGAUCUAAAGAUGAGGAACGCCAUUUUGGACAGAAACAGUUUGAUAAUGGCGGUGAUAAUAAAUAUGAUAGCAGUAAAUAUAGAUCUAAAGUUGAGGAACACGGUUUUGGACAGGGCCAGUUAGAUAAUGGCGGUGAUAUAAAAUAUGAUAGCAGUAAAAAUAGAUCUGAAGGUGAGGAACACUGUUUUGGACAGAAACAGUUUGAUAAUGGCGUUGAUUAUAAAUAUGAUAGCAGUAAAAACAGAUCUAAAGUUCAGGAACACCGUUUUGGACAGAAACAGUUUGAUAAUAGCGGUAAUUAUAAAUAUGAUAGCAGUAAAAAUACAUCUAAAGAUGAGGAACACUGUGUUGGACAGAAACAGUUUGAUAAUGGCGGUGAUUAUAAAUAUGAUAGCAGUAAAAAUACAUCUAAAGAUGAGGAACACUGUGUUGGUCCAAACUGCACCCAGACUUGCGGUCAUGUACUUUGCUGUGUUUGUGAGGGAUCCAAAGAUCCAUGUUCGUUUCUUCAAGAUGAUGAUGUAAAGGAAGAUUCCACUUCUCGUAAACAGAAAACCUGUAAUCAUUGUAAAGACGUUAUCAAAGGUCCUGAUUGUACUCUGAGGUGUGGCCAUAUUGUUUGCUCAAAGUGUCAAGCAUCAAAGUAUUCAUGUCGAUAUUCUCGAGAUAAUGGUCCAGAAGUUGACCAAUAUUUACAAGAAUUGUCCUCAAAAGGUAACAGUGAAAACAGCGGUGAUGAAGAUGACCACAUUAAGGAAGAAGACGAUAUUAAAACUUGCGCAAUCUGUAUGGAUGUAGCUUAUAAUCCGAAAUGUUUGACUAAAUGUGGCCAUGUUUUUUGUACAGAUUGUAUUGAGACCUGUUUUAAACUUUACAAACCUGUCUGUCCAACUUGUGGAACAACUUAUGGUAUUUUGACAGGUGAUCAGCCCACCGGAGUCAUGAAGAUCACAAAGUUCUAUGGAGGAGUAGAAGGAGAAGAAAGGGCUGGCUGCUAUCAGAUAAAUUAUGCUUUUUCUUCUGGUGUUCAAGGUGAGAAUCAUCCUAACCCAGGCAUCAGGUAUUUACCUACAAGUCGUACAGCCUAUUUACCAGCUACGAUCGAGGGUAGAAAAAUCUGUAAGAUGUUGAUAGUAGCAUUUAAAAGAAAACUGAUUUUUACGGUGGGAAGAUCGACGACAACCGGAAAAGAAAAUCGUAUAACGUGGAACGAUAUACACCAUAAAACAUCCAUGAAUGGUGGUCCGACACACUUUGGUUAUCCAGACCCCACAUAUUUGGAUCGUGUAAAGGAAGAAUUAGCCAGUAAAGGAGUAACGAAAGAUGACAUCCGAGAUGUUAGACUACUCGAUGAUGAAGUCAUCCAUGCUUAAAAUAUUUAAAUAUGACUUAACGAUCCUCAAUAACGAAGAGGAUCUGGCACCAAAAUUGUAUGUCAAGUGAAUAAGAAAAGUAUGUCUUUAUAAUUAAUAAUUAUAUACAUGUAAUUAUUUAAGACUUUAUACUUAUAGAUUAUAUUUAUGGUAAGCUUAUAUUUUUGGUAUUUUUAUAAAAAGGAUAAACUUAUAUUAAUUGGUCAUUUCUUGUGACACAAUGUCGCAUACUAAACUUAUAGGCUGUCUGUCUACAGUUAGCUCCGCUUGAGAACAGACACUAAGCUAGUUGACCGACAUUUUAAGUACUAAAUCGACGAUUUUAGUCGAAAACAAAUGUAAAGUUCGAGAAUUUUGUUAAGGAUUUAUUCUGCUUCCAUUUAAUACAAUUGAAAAAGUUUAUUUAGUCUUUGCGUGUAUGACAGAUGUGAAACGAGUAGAACCGCAUUAUAAAAAAAAUAUAUUAAUUUUAGAUAUGGCGGCCAUUUAGGGCAGAGAUCAAUUCUCAAAUUAUGAAGUAGAUGGAUCUCUGUGUGCAGAAUGACAAUGUAGUUGCACAUGUAUAGUUAUGUUUCGGCAAGCAUCUCUUGUUUCUUGCUCCUAUUAAAUUCCGAGAGAAAUGGGUCAUAAGGUCAUUUCUGGAUUGACAUAUGGUUCAGUCUUGUUUCAAUAGUUCUUUGGCAGUGGGAGGAAACUUCUAAUUCAAUAUUAUUCACAAUAUUAGAAAUUAAAAACACAAUUUAGAAUUCAAUAUUAGUCCAUUUCAAUCAAUAUUAAUGUUGUUAUCUUAUUGUUAUGGAUUUCUAUAUUUAAGACAAAACGUUUUAAAAUCGGUACACAACGUCAUCUACUCUAUGGUUUUGUGUCAAAUUUUAUAAGUUAUGUCACGUCAAUCAUAAUGGGAGUUAGGAUAUGGUUCAUGUUCUGACUGACAUGUCCAAAUACUGUUUUAAUCAAGUGUAUUUUUGUUUUCAAUUCGGACUUUUAACUAGAUUCAGAUUAGUUAAGCCCUGGCCCUUGUAUACAGUACAGUGUUUGUUUUUGAACCUCCAUUUUAAUUAGAUAAUUUUCGUGUACUUAAACUUUAAUUUGACGUUCACAAAUGACAUAAUAACUAAUUUUAAUAUUUUGUGGCUCGUGAGCUGCAGUCAUGUAUUCCAAUUCCAAACCUGCUCACAACCGAGCAUCUCUAUUAAAUAACUUAGUUUUUAUUUGCUUGUUUAUUGUUUUGAUUUUUCUUGUAAAUAUAUAUAUAAAUGUUAAGCCUAUUUGUCAUUCUUAUGCAAGGGAAAUGAGGACGGGGAAAUGAGUGGAAGGGGCAAUAUGAAGGUGGGGGAGGUAUAGAGAGAGAGAGAGAAAUGGGGUUUAACGUCCACUCGACACAAACUAGGUCAUUUCGGGACCAACAUAUGGUUUCAAUUUUAUUUCAAUAAUUCGCUUGCGCGUAGGGGUCUUUAGCAGUGGGAGGAAACCGGAGGACACCCACGAGGUUGGACAGGCCACCCUAAUCCUUGUCACGUGCAACCGGGGAUUCGAAACCACGCCAGUUGACUUAAUGACAGGCCUUAUGAUACAGCACGCACAUGCUAACCAUUCGGCCAUCCAACCCCCCGGGGGAGGUAUUGAGGGGUCAGUACGAAAGUGGGGAAAGGGGUCAAUGAAAAUUGUAUGUUGUUAGUCUUUUUAUGUUAUGUUAAAACAGUGAUUUUUAUAAAAUAAUAUUCAAUACAGUAACUUACAGAUAGAGCGAGGGACCCAGGCAUCCAUCGAGAGGUUGGUGGGAAGGGGGGACGGGGGCAUCCAAUUUUAAAAGUGAAUUUAAAAUGAAGUUUUUAAAAUUGUUAUUAUCUCUGAAAUCUUUAUUGUACAGACAUUCCUACUUUAUUUGAUUAAAAAAAUUAUUAUGUUUUUGCUUAUAUAAAAUGUCUUUCUUUCUUACAUUCCUGAGUACUAGU